CGAUCUGUCGGUUUUUCUGCGCCGUUUCUUCGUGAUUCUCGCUCGGAAUACACCGUUGUUCGUUUCUGUGUUGCGUUUGUGACAAUGGGCAAGUCUCAGUCAAAACUGUCCCCCUCGCAGCUCGACGAGCUCCAGAAGGCGACCCAUUUCGAUAAAAAGGAGUUGCAGCAGUGGUACAAGGGCUUUCUCAAGGACUGCCCCUCGGGGACCCUGACCAAGGAAGAAUUCCAGAAGAUCUAUCGACAGUUUUUCCCCUUCGGCGAUCCGUCAUCAUUUGCAAAUUAUGUAUUUCGCGUGUUCGAUUCGGAUAACAGUGGCAUGAUCGAUUUCAAGGAGUUUAUCUGCGCGCUGUCGGUGACGUCGCGGGGCAAGAUGGAGGAUAAGCUGGAUUGGGCCUUCCAAUUAUACGACAUCGACGGCGACGGCAAGAUCACGUACGAUGAAAUGCUGGCGAUUGUGGAGGCGAUUUACAAGAUGGUGGGUUCGAUGGUGAAACUGCCCGAGGACGAAGACACCCCCGAGAAACGCGUUCGCAAGAUCUUUCGCAUGAUGGACAAGGACGAGAACGGCAGUCUCGACAUGGAGGAAUUCAAGGAGGGGAGCAAGCGGGACGAGACGAUCGUCAGUGCCUUGUCGCUGUAUGACGGCUUGGUAUAGCGGACGACCAGUUGGUAUGUCUGGUUUCUUCCUCUCUUCUAUCCUGGCGAAUCCGGCGCAGUUUGAACAUUUCCUUUUCCGGCUUCCUUUCAUCACCUUUUCCUUCCUGGUCAUUUGCGUCUUUAGGAUUCCCAUCACUGUUUCUUCUCCCCCGUGCCACGACCCGCCAUGUGUCUCUGAGAUUGAUGGCGAUUUACGGUUGCAUGACAUGUUACAUUUUACAUUGACCUGAUAUAUUACUUUCUGUGCUCUAUAUUUAUCUGCUUCGCUUUGUGAUUCCUGGCUGAAAGACUAAAAUCCGGUGGCAUGCUCUGUUUGAUUGGCUUUGUACUUGCAUAGGCAGGCGAUGGCGCGAGCCAUGGAGAUCGAGAAUGAUAGCACUUUGUAUAAGACGGCCCUUAAAUGUACGGUGGUGUUAGUCAGUGGCGCUUGA